AUUUUCCAAUGCACUUUCACGUAGCCAGGAAAUGUACCCUAAUCAUCAGACCGUCACCCUGAUCACCUGAUCAACUCGUGGGCAAAAUGGCUUCUAGAUCAGAUUUCUUCGGGAGUCCCCUGCUUCUCGGUUUCUUUAUACUUUCCUUGCUACCAACGGCUGAAGCUUUUGAUGGAGGGGACGCAGUUGCUCUCCUUCUCGGAAUGACAAUUUCCGUCGUUGGAUUUUGUGCCUGUCUGGGUUGGUAUUCGCGGAAAAGAAACGGACAGCUGUAAGAACUGAUGUCUGCACUUGCAGCAGUACAGGCCUGUGUACCCGGAAGUUAAGAAUUUGUAUUUUUCCUGGAGAUUUUGAAACAUGUUUUUUAAGAAUUUGUAUGUAAAACGGCUUAAAUUCUAAAAGCACAGUUAAACUAAUGAUGUAAACAAAUUGAACAUAAGAAUUACUACUCGUGAAGAGCUGCGUGAAACAAGACGACCGGGCAGUGGUAUUCAGCAAACUCGAAAUCUGUUGCUUGAUACUAGUGGAAAACUGUUUAACAUUGCACAAUUUGAUUUGUAAAAGAAAGAAAAAAAUCAACGUUGAUUAUCUUUGGACGUUUGCGGGACUGUUGAGUUUUGACUUGUCUCCAGUAUCUGCGCAGAAUGCACCAUCAUUCCAUCGAGACUGAUGCGCAACCAUUCCCUUUCACUUCAGCUUUGGAACGCGUUCUACAUAUUGUUACUGGCUGCACUGUCUUUCCAAAUUGCAAUGCGAGCUUGACUACGUUCUACACGUUUGGGAGACUACUGUAACCUUAAUUAUUGUCAGUAAGAGUCUGCCAUAGGGGAAAAAAUUAAAACCGUUUUGUGUACAGUAUAUUUUGCAUGAUGUAAUGUAUCGUGUCUGUGUGGGGCACUGAAACUUAUCCUGGCAUUUAUCACCUUUGUUCACACAGUAAACACGUUAUGACCCUGUUGCAGACAUUCAAUUGUUGUUUUACUAUGUAUAGUACUUUUUUAAAAAAUUGUGAUUUAUGCAUAAACCCAAAAAGUUAAAGUACGAUCAUUGAUGACCACAUUAUUUAACUGUUUUGUGAUCCAGUGUAAAACUACAGUAAUAUCGUAAUAUUUCUGAAAAAUUAUCCAAAGCCUCUAAGUACCUCCAUGAACAAUACUGUUGCAUACUGAAUAUACGUUCUUCAAAAGAAAAACGGUACCCUUUAAUUGUACAUAUUCAUAAAAAACAUAAGAAGUUAAAAACGUCUUAACAGGAUUAUUUUGAUUUUCCUGGUUGCUAUUUCUUUUUUUCUUUUUUUUUUUUUUUUGGUAGAGGUGUGGCCCAACUUUAUACACUAUUGGCUGUAAACCCUUUCAUAUAUAUAUUUUGAAAGAAGUGCUGGGAUAGAAGCCCAAGAUCUUUUUCAAAAUAUACCUUUUUAUUUUUCAAUUUCAUUCAAUUUGUACAUUUAAAUCCAAUAUACAAUACAAUCAAUUUUCACAUUAAACAUAAUUUUCCCCAAGUCUCCCUUUACAGAGCCCUAAUACAAAUCAUUUAUCGACCCAAGUUUGGUGUAAUCGGCCAAUGUAUCUUGUCCAAGUCAGUCAUAUAAAUAAGGAGCAGUAAGCAACUGAGCACUGCCAUUUGUUGUACACCUCUGUUCCUUAGAUCUCUCUUAUAAAAGUGUGCCACAUUAUAAAUGCAGUCAAGUCAACACUAUUGUUGUACUGCAUAAGGUUGUACUACUGCAGUUUCUGUACAAGUUCACUGGACAAUGUUGUGCAGGUGCAGAAAAACUGUUCAUAAUGCUAUUAUUGUUACAACAACAUGUCUACAUUAGUUUUCUUUCCAUUGGUGUUUCAAAUAUGAUAAUGUAUACAAUUGCGAUGACAAUGGGGGGGAUGUAAUUGUUACAAUUGCUCUCUACUUAUUAAAAAUAGGUUUAAAUGAGGGUUACAUAUUCAUGUUAAAUGCAGAGAGAAGCACUCAUUCCCUUUUAAGCUGUAAAUGGGGGGGGGGGUCAAUCAAAUAGAUGUAUUCAAGGUUCUCUGAACCUCAUGUUGCUUCUUACUCUCAGACAGUAACAGAUGUACUGUAAUAAAUUAUUUUUCUUGCUCUCCAA